CAGAGUUUUGAAUCGGAGCAAAGGGGGCCGGUGGGGGGCCGGGAAGCGAGCUCCGGUUUGGGCAGCCCCCCCUUUCCCCCUUCUCCUUUGCAGGCUCGUCCAGCUCGUACCCCGGGAGGCUCCGGGGCAUGUGGCUUUUGCAGCGCGGGCUUUUGGGUGCGUGCGGGUGGGGAGCCCCUUCCAAACUGGCGAUCGCUUCUGCUUGGAUGGCUCCUGAGAGAUAAGUCGCACCCUGGCUGCCGACCAUGGACCCUGCCUCGCUUCUCCCGCUGGUCCUGACUCCUGACCCCCGAGGCUUUAACCAGGGGGCAACAGAGCCCAAUGAACCUGCCCUGGAUCCCUGCAGCCUCCUGUCCGAAAGACACUACGAGGUGGUUCCCUGUGUGAUCUGUUCGCUCUGCUGCAUUUUCGGAGUCGUCUAUUGUUGCUUUGGUUAUCGCUGCUUCAAAGCCAUCAUGUUUCUCUCGGGCCUGCUCUUCGGCUCAGCCGUCAUCUUCCUGCUUUGCUACAAGGAGCGCAUCUUGGACACCCAGUUGAGCCUGGAGGUCAGCGCAGGCAUCGCCCUGGGCAUCGGAGUCCUGUGCGGCUUAGUCACUAUGCUAGUGCACUCGGUCGGGCUGUUCCUGACUGGGCUUUUGCUUGGCUUGUUGCUAGCCACCGCUGGGCUGGUGGCCACAGAGCCUUUGUGUGAGCUGCCCAGUGCCUGGGUCCCCGCUGGAUCUCUUCUGGGCUCUGCCCUCUUGGGAGCUGUUUUGGCCUUGCGCUGGCAGAAAGCCUUCACCGUGCUCUCCACAGCGGUGUUUGGUGCUGCCGUGCUCACCCUUUGCUUGGACUAUGCCGUGGAGAGUCUGGCUUUGGGCCACCACAUAUACGACCGCCUCCGCCUGGCACCUUCCUCCCCGCUCUGCUGGUGUGGCUGGGCUGUGCUGGCCACCUGGCCUGUCCUGGCCUUGAUGGGAGUCCUGCUGCAGUGGAGAGUCACAGCUGAAGGCUUCUCUCACACAGAUGUGGUCCUUAAUCGGCGGCAGAAGCAACUGCAGCUGCUACGGAUACGGCAGCGCGAGGCCAAGAAGAGGCAGAGCCAAACCCCGCAGGAGGGCUCCUAUCGGCACAAGCCCAGUGCUGUGAAGCGCUGUGCAGGAGACGUCCUUGCACCAAGUUAUAUCCAGAGCCUGCGGGACCGCCAGCAGCUGGGAACUGGUACAUCACUGAGUAACCUGAGCACCAGUGCGCACGCCACUGUGGAUCUGGAUUAUGACUGUGGAUCUACUGUGCCCCUCACCACUCCCCGGGGCUGCCUCUGAAAUGGACGAGGUCUGCUUCCAUUUGUGCCUUAACCAGGGACGCAGGCUGGAGCAAGCACAACUCAGUCCUGGGCUCUGAAUGUUUUUGUCCCUUUUCGUCCCCAGUAGACAGACUGCCCUUGGCUAUCCUGCGCACGCACGCAUGUGCACACACACACACAUAUCCCUCUCUCGUUUUUUAUUUUUUUAAUUGUUCAAAUUGGGUGGCUUCACUUACCCACCUCUCUCUGGGUUACAAGGGUCAAAAUCCCGCAUGUGACUGGAUCAAACCAACAGGAGAGAAGGGAUUUUUUUUAAAGCACAUUAAUUUAUUGCCAAUUCAGUCAAAUGAAGGAAGAAAGCCAACAUAUUCUGCAGAGCAUUCACAGCUGCCUUUCUAAACAAUGCUGCCACCGAGUUUCUUUCCUUUGGUAGCUGUCCUUAACUUUGAAGCUGGUAUAAUGUCAGCUGUUACCCAGGUUAAAGUAAGCCAUAGAUAUCCUUCUGCUGUCUUUUGCAUGAAGGGGUUAUUUGCCCUCGUCCGUAGCAGAUCUAGAAUGUGGUCUUGCUUAUUUUCGCCUGGUUCCUUUCUUUAAAAAACUGCCCUUGUAGUACUUCCAGCUCAGGGGUGUGUCAGCUAGGCAAUAGCUUGAAAUUGCUCUUUGCUUUGCUAAUGGAUGGGGUCAGUUGCUCUAAUCCAUGGUGCUUUUGGAAUACUUUCCCAAAAAAAAAUUAGUAUAAAAGAAUCUUGGGAUAAUAUCUACUAUUGUCCCUUUCCCUAGGCAGUUUGGUUUGCCUAUAAAUGGAAGGAAUGCUUCUUUUUUUUUAUCCUAAAUCCAGAUUAAGCUCCGGUCUGCACAGUGCCUUUUUCAGCCUAAAGAUGCCUUACCUGAACUGGUUUUUUGUUUUAACUUGACACUUGGUGCUUUUAAGAAAACCCAAGGAUUUAAACCAAUCCUUUGGGGUUUUUACUCACAUUUUUAACUGUAAGCUAAUUAUCCAAAAUCCCAAACUAUUAAUCUGAAUUCAGUAUGUUCUGUGUUGGAAUCUUGUUCAAGAGAUGUCUUUUUAUUAUACUGGUUUGUUUCCUGUGGACAUUUUGUGUUAAUGCUUUUUAUGACUCUUGUUUAUAAUACUGACAACAGAUGCAUGUGUGCUAUGCAAUCUUAUAUACAUAAUCAAACUGAUGCCACUCCAGAUCUUUUCUAGGGGAUGGGGG